AUGGCCACUCGCACCGAGAAGGUCGGCACUGUCGGUAAGUACGGGACUCGCUGUGGUGCCUCCCUCCGGAAAAUGGUGAAGAAGAUUGAAAUCAGCCAGCGCGCCAAGUGCAGCUGCUCCUUCUGUGGCAAGAGCAGGAGAAAGAGGCGCGCCGUGGGGCUCUGGCCCUGUGGCUCCUGCGCCAAGGCCGCGGCUGGUGGCGCCUGGACCUGCAACACGGCCUCUGCCGUCCCAGAAGGGCUGCGGGCCGGGAAAGCCUCUGCUCGGACCACGGCUGUGUCGGCUGUGUCGAGCUGCUUCUCCGAGGCGGCGUCCGUCCCGGGCGCAGAGCCCUGCUGCGGGGGCUGCCCCGGCCCGGAGCCCGCGAAGCGGCCGGCCGGCCUCCAGCCCGCGGCUCGGGCCCUCCGCCCCGAGCAGAGGACCUUGUACCAGGAGGUGAUGCUGGAGAACUGCGGGCUCCUGGUCUCCCUUGGGUGUCCUGUUCCCACGCCGGAGCUGAUGCAGCGGCUGGAGCAGGGGCAGCAGCCGUGGCCGGUGAGGCUGGGUGACAGUGGAAAAACCAAGACCGCAGAACCCGCCACCUCUGAGCCAGCCUUGUGUGAGGAAGCCUGCCUUCAGGGACAGUUGACACCUGGAGCCGUGGGUCAGGGUGGCCCAUCAGACAGACAGGAAGGACUCUGGGAGGCAGAGGUGCAGGCCCUGGGGGAGAAGCUUCCUGGGAGGCUGAACCUGGGUUCUGAAGGCGUAGGGACGGAUGACAGCAUGUGUCUGAGGACUGUGGAGGAGCAGGUCCCCGUAGGAGAUGCUGUGCCCGACCUUGCAGCGCUCAGCCCAGGGAGAGACGCCGUGCCUGAGGAGGAGGGGGAAGCCGCCUUCAGGUGCGGCGAGUGUGGGAAGGUGUUUAACAAGAAGCGCCUGCUUGCUGGCCACGAGAAGAUCCACUCUGGGGUGAAGCCCUACGAGUGCGCGCAGUGCGGGAAGACCUUCAGCAAGAGCACGCACCUGCUGCAGCACCACAUGGUCCACACGGGCGAGCGGCCCUACGAGUGCCUGCAGUGCGGCAAGGCCUUCAACCGCAAGUCCUACCUCUCCCAGCACCAGCGCAUCCACAGCGGGGAGAAGCCCUACACGUGCGGCCAGUGCGGCAAGGCCUUCACCCACCGCUCCAAUUUCGUCUUGCACAGCCGGCGGCACUCGGGGGAGAAGUCCUUCGUGUGCACGGAGUGUGGGCAGGUCUUCCGACACCGGGGUGGCUUCCUCAGACACUACGUAGUGCACGCCGGCGAGAACCCCUACGAGUGCUUCGAGUGCGGCCAGGUCUUCAAGCACAGGUCGUACCUGCUGUGGCACCAGCAGGCGCACACGGGGAAGAAGCCCUACGAGUGCAGCGAGUGCGGCAAGGUCUUCCUGGAGAGCGCAGCCCUCAUCCACCACUACGUCAUCCACACUGGGGAGAAGCCCUUCGAGUGCCUGGAGUGCGGCAAGGCCUUCAACCACCGCUCGUACCUCAAGAGGCACCAGCGCAUCCACACCGGGGAGAAACCCUACGUGUGUGGCGAGUGCGGGAAGGCCUUCACCCACUGCUCCACCUUCAUCUUGCACAAAAGGGCCCACACUGGAGAAAAGCCCUUCGAGUGCAAGGAGUGUGGGAAAGCCUUCAGCAACCGGGCAGACCUCAUCCGCCACUUCAGCAUCCACACGGGGGAGAAGCCCUACGAGUGCACAGAGUGUGGCAAGGCCUUCGCGCGCAUGUCUGGCCUCACCCGGCACAAGCGGAUCCACAGCGGGGAGAAGCCUUUCGAGUGCAUCGAGUGUGGGAAGACCUUCUGCUGGAGCACCAACCUCAUCCGACACGCCAUCAUCCACACAGGAGAGAAGCCCUACAAGUGUGGCGAGUGUGGAAAGGCCUUCAGCCGCAGCUCCUCGCUGUCUCAGCACCAGCGCAUGCACACAGGGAGAGGCCCAGCCAGGGCUGGGGAGAAGGGCCGGCCUUUCACGGUCGUCCACACCUCCGUGACCCUCCGGGAGCUCCUUAUGGAGAAAGACUUCACGAAUGUAAGCCCUGUGGGUUCCCUCUCACCACAGGACAGAGCUUCCUCAGCCCCCACCCCUCACACCAAAGAACAGCCCCAUAAGUAUCUGCACUGUGAGGGCGCCACUGCGUCUCUGACUUGAGUAGAAAUGGGCCCAUCCUAGAGCCUUACCCUCCUCUGGAUCCAUCCAGGAGAGACCAGGGGAUUGUGUGCACAAGGGACAAUCUGCAGCUACGUUUUCUCCACAGUUUACAAUGCAGUGUUAUCUCAGGAAUUAUUCUUUUUUUUUUCUUUCGGAACUGGGGAUUGAACUCAGGCCCC